AUGGCUGGUGCCUGCCCUGGCGGCCGGGCCUGGCUGCCUGCCUGCCGGCCUGCGCCGCUGCUCGGCUGCCGCUCUCGGCUACGGCUGGCCCUGGAGCAGAGGGAAAGGGUGAAGUAUGCUCACCGAUGGCAGAUGUGGACGGCAACGAUGGGAAGGGAAGAUGUCCGCCCUCUGCGGACAAGAGCGACGACGAGUCUACGAUCGGUGGAUGGCUGGUGCCGUCCAAGGAGCGGCCAAGUGUUGGGCGGUUGA